AUGGUAAAUACAAGAGUUCACAGGCGUGCUGUUAAGGAUGAAAAUCCCACAGAACCUACAAAAAAACCGACGAAUACGAAAUUAACGACCUCACCGUCUAAUGGGAGCAACAACAAAGACAGUAAAGUCAAAGGUGAUACUCAAAUAGCAGCCCUUCCAAAUGAUAUAGGAGAUGCAAGAACCACACUAAAAGCAAUCUCAACAGCAAAAGCAGUCAUUGUGUCAAACAACCCGUCGACUAAAACCAGUACAACAGCUGUUGCUAUCACAUCCAAUGAUGUUACCGCAGAAAAAACAAAUUCCAGUUCUAAUUCACUAGGCGCUGGUGCAUACAUAGGAAUUGGAUUGGGAAUAUUGGUCGUUAUAGGUUUGGCUGGAUUUUUGAUGCGGAAAAAAAUCAAUCGUCGUAAAGAUUCAGAGAAAUCCGGUGAUAAAGAGUGGAAUAGAAGUAUUCCUUCUCAUAAUCAGACCGCAGCAUAUAAUAAGGAUAACACAGCAUAUACUAAGGAUAAUGCAUAUUCAAAUCAGGCUCCAAAUUCCUCGGUUGAUAAUACUCCAAAAAUGACGCAAGUCCGGAAUUUUAAUUCUAGCACGAAAGAUGAUACUUCGAAUUAUAAUGUGGCUGCGUCUGGAGGUGCUGCUUGGGACUAUCGAUAUGGCACGGCUGAAAACGAUAAAAAAGAUAAGCCUUUGGUUGCGUCUAACGAAAAACCGACACAGUCCACUUUUUCCAAACAAUGUAGUGACUCCGCUCCAAGAUUACCUUCUCCCAAGCAGACAGAUUCUGACGCAACUUCUUUCUAUAGUAAAGCACGAGAAUCACUUCAAUAUAUACUUAACGUUGACGACGCUUUUUCAUCUAUUUCUUUAGAUGAUAAUCAAAGUUCAAUACAUCGUCCCACUUCUCCUUCACAAUCUUCACAGACCGGAAGUAAAAGGGUUUCUUCUCCACUUCGUCCCACUUCUCCGCAAUCUUUUGAAAGUAAAGCGAAUAAAAGGGCUUCUUCUACACUUCGCCCCACUUCGCAAUCUUCACAGGUUGACAAUAAAGAAAAUAGAAAGAUGUUUUUGCGACUUUCUAAAGACAUCGAAAAAAAUAAAGUAGCAGAUCGAUCGUCUUUCGUCGAGCAUAUGGAAAUGAUGCUUCAGAAUUUCGACUCAAAUAAAACAACGCUAAAUACGCCCGAAUUUGCUCAAAAUAGACCGGAUUCGCAUCCUUUGGAAGAUUUGGAAGAAAUGUUGGCGAAAUUCGCUUCUAUCGAUCCAAAGAAUAAAGCAAAUACUCAGCAAACCAAUAAUAUUUCUGAUGCUGCUCUUCCUCAAACUCCUCCCCAAACUCUCAAUCCUACUCAUAAUAGGAACUCGAAAUUGAUAAGAAAUACACCAUCACCUUCGCCAAUAAAUAUACCCGAGGCUCGGACCUAUCUUAAAAAAGAUACAGUUCCCUAUUCUAAACCUUCUUCCCCGCCAGUAGUAAACAGUCGGUUAAUUUCGCCGCCUCCUUCAGUUUUAUCUAUGCCCAAAAAAGAUAAAACUGCUAGUCGGGAACUUGAGUCUAGUUUUCGUCAAUCAACUCAAACACUUUCUUCAAUUGAAGGUACUAUUUUAAAGAAGGCAUUAACUGAAGAACCAUCGAAAAUUUCGGUUGUUGAUCAAAAUAAAGGCAAAAAUGAGCCUAAAAAUACAGAACCAAAGAUUCUAAAGAGCCCGCAGUUUAAUAAUCUAAAUAAGACUCUUUCUUCUAGUUCAGAGAGAAAUUUAGCUGUAAAACCGAAACCAACAGAAUCAGUAUCCCCGCCGAUUUCACCCACCUUUUUGGGUAAAAAACCAAAGAAAGCUGUCGGAAUAGUUAAUGAUUAUGUCAAAAAGUUUGAAAAUGAGGCUAAAUCUGCUGUAAAAACUCCGAUCCCGGUUAAAAGAUCUUCAAUUCAGAUGUCGCCUUUCAUUAAAGAAGCCACAUCGCUUUCCGCUAAAAGAUCUUCAAUACAGACGACUCAGCCUGGCAAAGAAUCUACGCCAAUUCCUAUCAAACGAUCUUCAAUACAAAUUCCUGCAACUUUUAAUAAGGAUGUCAAUAAUAAACCAUUGGGAGACUCCCCGCUACGUGGGGAUGCAAAUUCCAGAGUAUCAAUUCCAAAACCACAAAACGCUGCAAAGGUAGAAGAAAUCAAGGCAAACUUGACUGGUGAAAAAAAGAAUGAAGAAAAAAACGAGAAAAAAUCCGAUCCUAAAUUACCAGCGAUCUCAGUAACACCUUCGAAUCGUGAAUCGACACUAAACGAGAUCAAAGACAAUAAUAAGGAUAACGACACUGAUUCGAGUCCUAAAGCAGUCCGUGAAUCAGAAUCAGAACUAUCCAAUAUACAAGUAGCAGUUAAAGUUAACGUCGCUCGAAAACAAACUGCUGUAGCAAGUUACCCCGCAGUUGCAGAUUCAAAUCAAGAUACCGAAAAUAAUCUUAGUGCUCCUGAUACACCUAAAUUCAACGUCACUUCGGCGGAAAUGUCAGAUGACAACGACUCGAUAUAUGUUGAUCCAGAGUCCAAUACAUCGUCAGCUAGAUCUUCUUUAUCAUCGACAUCAUCUUCUGCAAAUUCAGCCGCCACCUUGGUCGCACCCACAGACUCUGCACCCAAAGACACUGCACCCAAAGACACUGCGUCCAAAGACACUGCAUCCAAAGACACUGCAUCCAAAGACACUGCAUCCAAAGACACUGCACCAAAAUCAUAUAGAAGCCCCACAUUAAGUAUGUUUGGUCUAUAUGAUUCAGAGGAUAAUGGAAGUAUUUACCGUAAAAGUCAACAGUUGGAAAGUCAGCCAGUUGACCUUGAGAAAUCUUAA